UCCUCAUUUUAUUUCAGGUUCGAGGUCAACAGCCCGGACUUGGUGCAACUGGCCAACAUAAACCGAGGUCUGCCCGACAUGUCUCCGCUGCAGAGCGAUAUUGCCCCGUGGCUUGGUGUCUUGCAGUGGCGCCUGGAGAGGUCCUUUUGUCGCCACAUGAAUGAACUGCUGGCACUGUUCAGCCGCCUGUACGACAAGACCAAAGACGAGUAUGUUCAGGGUAAAGAACUCAACUUCGUGCACGCUAUUUUGGCUGCCAGAGAGGAAGCCAUCGAACAAGACAAGAACGACGCUAUCUACUUGACCGAAAGAAAUAUGAUGCAAAUUGUGCUGAACUUAUUCGAAGCUGGCCUAAACACUACAGUGAGUGCCGCUGACUGGCUACUUCUUGAGCUCGUACGCAACCCGAACAUCCAGAGGAAAGUCCAGAGUGAUAUCGACACUGUAAUUGGUCAGAGGCGACCAACUAUGGAAGACAGGGAUAGACUGCCCUUCACAAUGGCCUGCAUCCUGGAAGUCCUGCGACUGUACCCUCCCGCCCUGCUGGGGUUGCCUCGCCGAGUGCAGAAUGACGAAUGGCUAGGCGAUGUGCUAAUACCCAAAAACGCUAUUCUCCUCUACAACAUAUACAAAUCUGGCCGUGACCCGAGCUUAUGGGAAGAUCCAUUAUCCUUCAAGCCCCAGAGGUUCCUGGACGCUUCGACGGGUGCGCUGUUCACCAAGGACAAAUCCGCGCUGCUGUCCUUCGGACUGGGCGCCCGACGCUGCGUUGCGGAAAAGCUCGUACCGACCAUUCUCUUCUACGUUCUCGUCAGGCUGAUGCAGCGCACGACCUGGAGCCUGCCGCCUGGUGAGGUUUAUGACCCGACGCGAACCGACGGCACAACACUGCUGCUGGCACCGGCAGACCGGCGUGUAAUCGUCGCCAAGAGAAUGAAAUGAAAAGACAUCGUUUACAAAACCUUAUUGUGUGCUGUGGUGGACGAACGAAACGUGAAUGGCAUAUUGAUGUGCUUGAUUGGUACCUCGGCUUCUGCUAGGCCGUCCUUCUUUGCUGAGGAAAACAGUUUGCUCGACCCUUUAUGUGAAAAAAAAAAAAGAAGCAUCGGAGAAGUCUUUAAGCUUUUUUAUUUAAUAAACCAAUUUCACCAUGAUUAGAGAGCACGCGCAGAGGCCCUGCCGGCGUCGUAACCACAAUAGUUCCCACCGAUUCCCUUGUAACAUGGGCUCAAGGCCAAAUUGAAGGUACUGUCAAGGACAAUGAUAUUUGUGGAUGUUACCUUCGAAUUUUUAGGGGGAAGUUGACGGCUAAGUAUCUACGACCCCACCCAUAUUCAGGAUCUUUUUUCUUAGCUCUCCGUCUUUUAAUGUUGAGGUCUAAACGGGCUUGUGAUGAUACGAACAUAUCGCGUUUUAUAGUUGCCCUUAGCCCGCCAAUAAUGACUUCGCACUGGCUACAUUGCGAAAGCUACGGCAUACUUAAACUCGUCGUGAAAUGGAUUUAUGUGUUGUCAAGCUCAUUUUAUUCGGUAAUAAAGUAGACGGAA